UCUCCAAACUCCUGUUCCCUUUUCUGAAAGCCGAGGCUGGAGUUGGUGGAGGAGAAACAUCCACGCCCGUGUUCUCCGUACAUUUUCCUUCUUUCGGGCUCUCUGGCGGCAAGGGCCACACCUGGGUGAUUGUGUGGAACUAUGAUUAUAGAGCCUGGGAUAUUCAGAAAAGUGAACUCUGUAAACCAGAAGAAGCUUAUCAUCCCCCUACUGUGAAAUUUGGAAACGCAACCACAUUUCAGGAUGAUUACGUUCCCCAGGAAAUGAAACCAAGGCAAAGUUUUAAACCCUCCCCGGUGGUAAGAAGAUCGGUGGCUCCUUUCAAUGGCGACACCAGUCACCGCCUGGAUUACGUACCCCGUCCGCUGGAAUUCAAGUUGGCAAAGCCUAAAGAAGUUUACAUGCCAAGCGACCAGCCCUUUGAGGACCUCACGACCCAUCGGUGUGACUUCCAGGGCCUUGCUGGUGAGAUGGCAAAAAUCUGCAAGCCUGCAGACACCAGAGUGACCCAAAAGGCGCAAUUCGAAAGCAGCACCGAGUCCCGGGACAGAUUCCAGCCAUGGGAAAUCCCGCCCCCCAAAGUGAAGAAAGUGGCCGAGUACUCGCCGCCUACAGGAGUCAUGCAGCUACACAGCACCAGCCACCUCGACUACGUGCCCUAUCAGGCCAGCCGUGUGGUCCCCAUCCGGCCGAUUUCCCAUACAAGAAAUAGCCCUUCUCCUUUCCAAGGGAAAAGCACCACGCAGGAAGAUUUUCCAGCCUGGGAAAGUUGCCGUCAAGGACUCAUUAAACAGCAGCAGCAGAUCCCCAACCCAACCGGAAAAUUUGAUGGUUUGAGCACUUUCCGAUCUCACUACGUGCCGCAUGAACUGAUUCCGACAGAGAGCUGCAGACCCUUGAACGUGGCCCUGAAGAGUGCCGCUCCCUUUGAGAACGUCACCACGUACUCCGUAGAGUACUCGCCCAAGAAACAAGAAGUCUGCCCAGCUGCCUACCCCUCUCCUCCAGGCUAUGUGUUUGAAAACACCAAUUCCCAGGGUCACAAAUUCUUCCGCAAGGUCAUACCCGCCGUGAAAGCCUUCUAG